CAAUAAUGCGCUACCCGGAGGUUUUUUGAGCGAGCACAAAGUCGUCCAUUAAGCCACGUGAGAAUCUGAAGAAGAGGAAAAAAGUCGAUAAUAAUUAUUUUAGUGUUUGUUUAAGAUGUCGGAUUCAGAAGAGGAUUGUCAGCUGGGAGCAGAGUCUGAUCAGGAGGGUUCUGAGCUCUCUGAUGGAGAGCUUCAAGAAGCAUUCAGCAAAGGGCUCCUCAAACCUGGGAUGAACGUUCCUGUAGAAGAACCUAAAAGAGCAGCGAACAACGUGGAGGGUUUGAGGAAAUGUCUGGCAGAGUUUAAGAGGAAUCUGGCGUGGGUGGAGAGACUGGACCUCACCAAUGCUCCUGUUGUCGACAUCGUGGCUAAAGCGGAGGGGAGGACGGAGCUGAGCCAGGACGGAGAGCAGGUUAACACAGAAGAUGACUUUCAGAGGGAGAUGUACUUUUAUCGACAGGCCCAGCAGACCGUCCUCACAGCACUGCCCAAGUUACAGAAGUUACAGAUUCCCACCAAACGGCCAGAGGAUUACUUUGCCGAGAUGGCAAAGUCUGAUCAGCACAUGCAGAAGAUCAGGAAGAAGUUGAUCCAGAAGCAGAUGGCAAUGGAGAAAUCUGAAAAAGCCAAGAAGCUGAGAGAACAGAGGAAGUUCAGCAAGAAGGUUCAGGUCCAGGUUCUGCAGAAGAGACAGAAGGAGAAGAAGUCCAUGCUGACGGCAGUGAAGAAAUAUCAGAAAGGGAUGAGCGAUAAACUGGAAUUCCUAGAAGGAGAUGAUGAGGGGAAGAGAGCUGCAGCUGGAGCUCCGUCUAAACCACACGUUAACAAGAAAGGCCCUAAUGCUAAGAGGAAGUUCAAGGACUCGAGGUUUGGGUUCGGAGGCAAAAAGAAAGGCACCAAGUGGAACACGAAGGAGAGUUACAACGACGUGUCAGGGUUCCGGGGCAAAGUCGCUCACGGCAAAGUGGGCAAGAAAUUCAGCAAAGGAGGGAACAAGAGUAAGCGACCGGGAAAAGACGCACGACGUAAGAUGAAGGCGCGGAAAUGAGACGUGAUGGACAUCUUUAACGUGGAGAAAUGACUGGACUUGCGUGGACCUCCACACACACACACAGUCGAAGGUUGCUGUAGUGUGUGUUUGAGUUGGACUUUAAGGAGCGUCUUGUGAAGCUUUUGUAUUUUUAACAUUUUUAUGAUUUGUGAAUGCUGUGCUGAUGAUAAAGAUGGGUAUAAAUCUA